GACUCGAUGCGACACACACGUGUAUCGGUAAUCCCCUGGAAUCGUCUGUGUAUCGUUACCAUCGUAAGCUAUAUAUAGCUAGUCUAAUACUGGAAAUUGUUGUGUACCCUUGCGUCGUAACAUGACACAUAUUCACGACACAGUUAUCCAACUGUAGCUUGAGUAUAUAGCUGUCAGAGACGCCAUGUACACUCAGAACUACAUUUAGAUCUGACAAGAAGGACAACCCCGGGCUCCCGGGUAACACGCUCUCUACAGGUACUAGUAGAAAGACGUGCUAUAAAUAUGGAGGAAACAGAGACAAAUGGAAAUGUGGUAGUGGAUAUUCCCCAGGACCUGCCUAAGGACACACUUCCCCCGAUUGUCGGACGCAUGGAAUUGGAUAUUCCAGAUGAUAGAAGAAGUAACACGAGUCGCCGUUCCAGUCUCCCCCCUCCACCAGAUUCACAUAUCCCUCUCGAGGAGGGUAACACCAACGUAGCUCCAACCUCCCGACUGAAUCGCUGUCGAUGGAAAGUCAAGGCUCUUGUUGAGCACCUGCUUUUCCGCCUUUUCACCGUCAUCCUCAUCCUCGUCGAUAUUUCUCUCGUCAUUAUUGAUUUUUGUGCAAACUUGGACGAAGUGACGUCACGAAGUAUCACCGUCACAUCCCGUGUCAUAGUUGGCUACUUUUUAUUGGAGAUCCUAUUGCGGAUAUUUGCCAAAGGUGUCAAAUUUUUCAAGAAUUGUUUUGAUGUGACAGACAUGGUUAUAGUCUUAGCCACCUUCAUCAUAGAUCUCGCACUAAGUAACUAUGGAAGAUGGGGCGUCGUUGGCCGCACAUUACGUAUCAUACGAAUUGGCCGAAGCGUGGUAUUCAUGGUUCAACAGUAUCGUCACGUGAUAACUGCUACCAGGAAGACAGUAUCACAGAACAAACGACGCUAUCUCAAGGACGGAUUUGACCUUGACCUUUGCUACAUUACAGAGAGAGUAAUCGCAAUGUCAUUUCCAUCGUCGGGGUUACGAAAGAUGUACCGAAAUCCAAUAAACGAGGUAGCCAGGUUCCUGAAUACCAAACAUCCCAACCACUACAAAGUAUAUGACUUAUGUAGUGAACGUAACUACCCGACCGAGCUCUUCCACGACAUGGUAGAAAGGGUUUAUAUAGACGAUCACAACGUCCCGACACUUGAAGACUUGGUAAAAUUUUGUGACGACGUACGGGUGUUUCUGUCUGAGGACGAAUCCAAUGUGAUCGCCGUGCAUUGUAAAGGUGGUAAGGGUCGGACAGGGACCAUGAUCUGUACAUGGCUUGUUGACUGUGAGAUGUUCGAGGAGGCUGAGAAAAGCCUGGAUUAUUUUGGGGGCAGACGAACUGACCUCUCGGUAGGAUCAACAUUUCAGGGCGUUGAAACCCCUAGUCAGAGUCGAUACGUGGGUUACUAUGAGAAAGUGAAGAAGGAAUAUGCUAAUCAAAUUCCUGCUGUUGUCAAAUUGAGGAUAUCUACCGUAACUAUCACGGGAAUUCAAACGGUUGGAAAGGGCGAUGGGUCUGACCUAUCCAUGACCCUGUUCCUCGGCCGUGAAAUCGCCUUUAACUGUAACUUUGGCAAGGGGGAAAAUUGCAAGUUGACACAUGAUAAAGAAAACAACAGAAUAGAGGUGGCAUUACAUAACUCUCCCAUAAUACUAGAAGACACGAAAGUUAGGUUUACGUGUUCAUCGAUGAAUGUACCGAAGGGAUACGAUAACUGCGCAUUCUACUUCUGGUUCCAUACAGCAUUUAUCCACAAUAAUAGAUUACUUAUACCACGUGACGAACUUGAUAAUCCACACAAGAAAAAAGUUCACAAGAUUUUUACAGAGGAGUUCUCCGUCAUGCUUAGUUUUGAUGAUGUCACGUGAUGAUUUAAAAGUUGGUUAUUUCAUCGUAGCAUAACAUUAUUACCAUGCCUACAGAAUACACAAAUGAUAUAUGACAGGCCUGAUGCACACUUACCAGAACAAUGUCCACUGAUCGCUCAACAGACCAUUGACCAUCGACCGGCUAAAGUGAUCCCCGGUCAAAGUACUUAUCACUGACGAGAAUACCUGUCCAGUUUUUGUGUGUGUGUUGAAUUUUGUGAGAUUUCAAUAUGUUCCAUUUUACGUAAUUCUACUUCAUUCAUUCCUUAGUAACUAAAAAAUAUCCUGAACUCUUUAUGUUUUUACCAUUCUCCUUUCAUACAUUUAGCUGAUGACAAUGUGGUUUGUGAAUAAAUAAGCUAGGAUUUGUCUCUUUUUUUCAAAACAUUUACCAUGAAUUUUGUUUUGUUUAUACAUGUUAAAUAGAUCAAUUUAGGAUAUAAUAGUUUGGGAUCCGAAACAAUAGUUUGCUGCACCCUAAACCGUUACUGUACCGAAUUUUACAUUCGAUUUAUACGUGUUUAUAAAAUGUAGUUUUGUUGUUUGAUGAUGUUUGAUAUAAUUUGACAAGAGCCAUCUGAUCAGCUAUCCGUCGCUUUUCUUACGCUGCUAAUUAUUCUCAGUAAACUAUCUUCAUCUCCUUUUUUUGUACAAUAGAUAUUUGUAUAAUCUUUAGAACUGAAAAUUUCCAUGCUAAGCUAGGCAAGAGUAGACCAUUCACUAUUUGUUAACUGCAUUUGUAUAAAUAAAUGUUCCAUUAUUAUGUUUAUUUCCAAUACAUUGGAUUAUGUCAGAUCCCACAUGCGCCUUUCGAACAGAUGCACCUUUUAUAUCAUCAUUUGUCGAUAUGACGUGUAUUUGAGGAAAUCAAAUAGCUAACAUAUCAUCAUUAUCCAUCUUUUGAUGAAAAAAAAUGUCUUGGUAAAUAUUUGAAUUUAUAUCUGGAAAUAACGCUUUGGGUUUUUAGUCUGUGUUUUCAAUAAACAAAUACUUUGAAAAAAAGCAUGCGACGACGGUGAAGGAAAAGGGAUUUUUUCUAAUAUACAUAAGAUAUUUGAAUCGUGUAUCAUUAAGGUUGCUUACAAAGUACGAAUGUUCUAUAAGGUUUAUAAGGAUCGCUUUGCUGUUAAUCUCAGUAACAUCAGCAUUUAGGCGUAUUUAGGUGGGAAGAACAUAAAUAUGUUUUCAUCUUUUCUCGGCAUGUACCACUAUGCCAUAGUAAAUAUUUCUGUUAUUGUAUUUCUGGUUUCUUCAAUUCUUGUCUAAAAUCGAACAAUCUCCAUUAGAAAACAAUUUUUUAUGAGCUAUCUUUUUGUUGAUAUGAAGCAAAAAUUGUGUCAAAGUUAUAGUAUUUGUAUAUACGGUCAUGAUUCGUCAGUGAAAAUAUUGUCAUGGUAUUUUUCUAUUGCUUACGUGACUAUCUUGAUUGCUAAGAUCUAAAAUAGAUUAUCGUUCAGAAAGCUAAUAUCUCCUAACAUGAAAAUUGUCCUCUAGAGUCUCGAAAGAACAGAGUAACCACUAAUUUAUAGUUACAAUAUAUCAUAUGUCAACUUCUAGUCAAUAAAUGCCAGAAAAUCGGAUGGUGUUAUUAAACCUGUCCUUAUAGGGACGUGCAGGUACGCAUAGUAUUUACUCAUAGUUGUUUUGAGAAUCUUAUGUUUGCACGCACAUCAUAAUACUCGAAUGAUGAUUUAAUCAACUUUCUAAACAUCUGUUUUCUAUUACUUUCACAUGUACGAGCUAUUAACUACAUGGAGUUAAAUUUAUUGCUAUUCAACUAUUUUAAAAUGGAAAAGUCAUUAAAUGGUAUCGAGAUGGUAUACCAUAACGAGUUUAUAUCUCAAUAUAUGCUACUGCUUAAAGACCUAAAUUACUUGUAAACGUUGUUGAAACUUUGUUCACUUUUUAGAUGUAAUGUGUGUAAAAGUUAUAUCCCCUGGGGUGUGCUUGAUUAAUUCCAGUCUUAGUUUUUGUGUGUUUCAUUUCGUUGUUUUGAAGACAAUGUCACAAUAACCGGGCGAACGUUCAAAUGUACAAAUGAUCUUGGCAGUUAACUCAUCUCCAUGAAUUUAUUAGAUUUUGAACCGGGCGAACGUUCAAAUGUACAUGUGAUCUUGGCAGUUAACUCAUCUCCAUGAAUUUUAUUAGAUUUCGUACAUUUGAUAAGGAGAUCAAUAACUUUCUAAAAGCAAAUAUUCUCUCAUUUUGGUUUCUUGUUCUCUGAAACCGACCUUGAUGUCUUUGCCAUUUAAAUAUAUUUAAGU